AUGACUGUAUCCAAAGAAGAUUUGCUUAAAGACUCCGAGUUCGACCCAAACGGCGUCGAGCGCAUCGCCUUCCGCAAAGUCAAUCACCCCAUCGCAAUCGUCGAACCAGACCCAACAUGGCCUGAGCACUUCGCCCUCGCAAAGAAGCGCAUCGAGGCUGCCAUCGGCGACAUAGCCAUCUCCAUUCACCACGUCGGCUCAACCAGCGUUCCCAAUCUCCCCGCAAAAGCAGUCAUCGACAUAGAUCUCACAGUCCGCGACAUCAAUGAUGAAGCCUCCUACGUCUCACAGCUAGAGAGCCAAGGAUUUCAUUUCCUGCUCAGAGAGCCUCAUUGGCAUGGUCAUCGCUUCUUUUGCGAUUAUGGGGAUGUACCGACGAAUUUGCAUGUUUGGGGGCCGGAUUGUCCUGAGGCGGCGAGGCAUAAGAUCUUUACGGAUUGGUUGAGGAAGAACGAGGAUGAUAAGAAGUUGUAUGAGAACAUCAAGAGGGAAUCUGCUGCGGCUAGUAUUGCGAGUGGGGAGGAUGUCAUAGAGUAUAAUAAUAGGAAGCAGAAUGUGAUUCGGGAGAUUCUGCGACGGGCGUUUAAGGAUCUGGGGUAUCUGUAA